AUGGUUUUUCAAAGUAAAAUAUCGGUUCUUGUCAAUGGGAGUCCGACUAAGGAAUUUACGGUGGAGCGUGGAUUGCGGCAAGGAGAUCCUCUCUCUCCGUUUCUUUUUGUCAUAGUGGCGGAAGGUCUCACGGCUUUAAUGAAGAAAGCAAUCGACAUAUGGGAAUAUGAAGGUUUUCUCAUUAACGGUAAAUGUGUGGUGGACAUUCUUCAAUUCGCGGACGAUACUUUAAUGAUUGGUGAAGGAAUCAAUGUUAGCAACAAUUUGUUAGAAGCGGCCUCAUCUCUUUUGUCUUGUAAGGUGGAAGGAAAAUUUUUCACUUUUCUUGGUAUUCUUGUUGGUUCGAAUCCUAGGAGGUACGGUGAUAUUUGUUUGCAAGUGACCCACGACGGAGAUUUUGUUUCGCUUUGUUCUUCUCAAUCUACUUGGUGGAAGGAUAUUUUAUCUCUUGGGAAGAACUCCUCUAAGGACGCCAUAGUCAACAAUUUUUACUUCAAGGUUGGUAAAGGGUACACUACCUCUUUUUGGCCCUCUAAGUGGCUUCUUGAUUCAUCUUUAAAGGUUGCCUUCCCCUUGCUUUUUGUGGCGUCUCUUUUAAAGAAUGUCUCGCUGCAGGCGGAAGUUGGUGCUGCUAUGUGCAGUCCAAUUGGCCGCGAUUCAGUUUCUUAG